AUGCCGGCAGUCAAGCUGGAACGUGUCGGGCGGGUUGCCAGAAUACUUUUGAACAUGCCAGAGAAAAUGAACGCAAUGACGUCACAGGUGGUAGAUGAUUUCGGCAAAAUCCUAGAUGCGAUCAAGACAGACGCGUCUGAGUACGGAGCUGUCGUGAUCACUGGCGCCGGGAAGUCAUUCUCAGCUGGAGGCGACCUCGCGUGGUUGAAGCUGCGGAGCAAAGACACAGCCUCCAGGAAUUCACAGAUCAUGCAUGACUUCUACCAUCGUUUCCUUGCAAUCCGAACUCUGCCUAUUCCUGUUGUGGCCGCAAUCAACGGGCCUGCUGUGGGAGCUGGCAUGUGCUUGGCAAUGGCAUGUGACAUCCGCGUGGCCUCGGAGACUGCGAAGAUGGGCUUUCCUUUCGUGACCCUUGGGCUCCACCCAGGCAUGGGCGCCACGCACAUAAUUGCAAGUGUUGCUGGCUAUGAAACCGCUUACCGGCUUCUUCUUACUGGAGACCUUGUGACGGGACAAGAGGCAAAGGAGCUACGCUUGGUUUCGCAGUUGGCGCCGGAUGGCCCUUCCGCCCAAGCGCACGCCAUGGCGCUGGCCGAGCGCAUUGCCUGCCAGGCUCCUGUGGCAGUCCGCUCCCUGGUGCGGUCGUUACGCCGGAAGCAGGAGGAGGGCCUGGAGGCGGCCUUGUGGCGCGAGGCUGAUGCUCAGGCUCACUGCUACGCCACACAGGACCUCCAGGAAGGCCUCAAGGCGUCAUUGGAGCGCCGAGCACCUCGCUUCGAGCUUAAUGAGAGCUAUGUGGACAUCGAUCCGUUUCCCAAGCCAAAGAGCAACUUGUGA